CUGGAGUGGGCGUGGUUUAAUCCGAGACCUGCGGCUGAGAGCCUCCACCCUGCGGGAGACAACCAGAGCGUCCGCGGCAGAGAAACACAGACCCUCCACUCAUCUAGACAGGUUCAGCCAUGAGGUGGCGCUCUCCCCAUCUUCUUCAGCUCCUCCUCUGGAUCACACUGUUGAUCUGCACAGCAGCCAGUUCAGGAUUCACCAUCUGCUCCUACAAUGUCCAGAGAUUCACCAUAAACAAGGCCAAGAGCUACAAAGUCAUACACACUCUGACACGGGUGUUGUCCCGCUGUGACUUGGCGCUCCUGCAGCACGUGGUCGAUCCUGACGGUAAAGCCAUCGCCGCUCUGCUCAAGUCUCUCAACAGGGCCACUGACAGGUAUGACGACUUCAGCUACAAGUCUGUGGCCAGUAAGGCUCUGGGUACCUCGGCCGAAGACAUGCAGAAGUAUGUCUUCAUCUACAGGGUUGAGACGGUCAAUGUGACGGGUCAGGAUCAGUACAAGGGGAAGCAGAAGUUUGUCAGACCUCCGUUUGCGAUUCAGGUCCAGAGCAAUAAAACAGCCAUCAAGAGUUUCAUCCUGGUUCCUCUGCACUCGGAUCCUGACCAGGCGGCGCAGGAGAUCGACUGGCUGUACGACGUCUUCCUGGAGGUCAGCAAGAAGUGGAACAACAAGAAUGUGAUGUUUCUGGGAGAUUUCCACGCCGCCUGCGCCUACGUGACCAGAACCACCAGAAAAUCCAUCAGACUCUACAAGAACUCCAAUUUCUCCUGGCUGAUCGGAGACAAAGUCGACACUACUGUCAGUGAAGACACCAACUGUGCAUAUGACAGGAUCGUAGUCCACGGAGAGCCCUUCCUGAAGACCAUCCAACCGUUUUCUGCCGGAGUCUUCGACGUCGGCAAAGAGUUCAAACUCACCAAGAACAAGGUGCUGGAGCUCAGCGACCACCACCCCCUGAAGGUGGUGCUGAAGAGCUCCGCCCUCUUCCUCCGGGCCACGCCCCCGUGGCUCCUCCUCAGCCUCUCUUUGGUCUUGCGCUCCUUACUGUUCGCUCUGUGAUUGUUUGUUCGUCUUGGACUUUUUAAGGACUCCAGAUCACCGCCAUCUGUUUGUUUACCUGUUUAUCUGUUUUGUGUGUUCAGCUGUGGACGUCAUUUAUGUCUGUCUGUGUAAACGUCUCAAGACAUUGUAAAAAUGUUAGAUUUUUUUUUAAUAAUGAAUGAAAUUUGGCACUUAAACGUGUCCGUAAUGUUUAUAUUUGAAAUUAAGUAUCAUUAAACUUGUCCAUUUAAAAUGUUUUAUUAGCAUGUUUUAAUACACACAGGCACUCACAUUAAUGUGUAAUGUCUGUGUGACUUUUAGAGAUUUAGGUGUAUAUAUUCUUAUUUCCACGGCUCGGAAGCUUUACGUUUUGCAGAUUGAAGUGAAAAAUGUGACAACUGAAUAAAUAACAUGUAAAAUGUCACCAGAAUGCAAAUUAUUUCAGCGACAGAUGACAGUGAAUGUUGCUCUUUCCUCUGUGCUCAUUUGCACCCUCUGCUGGGCCGCUUCUGGUCCACGGGCCUUAAGGAUGACAGCCCAGAGGUUCUUCACGACGACGUUAACAAACAAAAUUGAAUUACUUUUACAUCGUGUUAAACGGUGUUUGAGAUGGUUUCCUCUCUGUGUGGUGUGUUAUCCUGCUGGAUGGAGCCAUCAGAAGACGGCACACUCCUGUCAUGUAGAGAUGGACACGGUCAGUUGGUGCACUAAAACACAUAUGACUACUUUAUCGAUACUUUUCAACCAAAGAUGGUAUUUUAAUGAGAGUUCUUCAAUAUUGCUGGUGCUCCAUUCAUACCUCUUCACUGUGAGUAUUAUUAUUAUACAUACAAUUUCACACAUUGACAGUCAUCCCAUAGUUAAAGUGGAGCUUCUGCUGGUCCUGUUUUGGCCCACAGGUCUGACUCUUGCUCUAUUAAAGGUCAUUUAAAAGGUGUAUUUAAUAUUGAAGGAAUAAAAU